AUUUCAUUCUACACUUCUCACAAGUGUAUUUUUCUUUCCUAAUAUAGAAAGUUUGGAGUACAGAAUGAGAUUUUUGAAGUGCUAAUAACAAUUCCCUAAAAAAAACAACAAAAUUUUGUCUUGUAAAAUUAGGUUAUUGUCCUUAACUUUUUUAUUGUGAUAGAAGACAAAGAUGUCUUUUCACAUUCUUUUAGUUGAUAAAUAAUGUUUCAUUAAUGUAGUUUUACAUAUGAUUUUUAUGAAAAAGACAACUUUUCUUUUGGCAAAAAAUAAAAUCAUUUAUACAAAUUAAACUAAAGGGUAAUGUUAGGGAGACUAAAGUUGGAGACUAAAUUGCAAAUUAAAUGAUGUGUCACCAAUAGGAAUGAACACGUUUAUCAACACUUAAGUAAUAAAUCAAUCAUCAACUUUCAUGUUUUUUAGUUUUGAAAUUUUAACCUACAAAUUUAGUCUUCCUAGUAUUAUUGUAAAUUAAAUUACUUGAGGAUUUAAGGCAGAGGGAAACACCAUAUUGCCAAUUUGACUAAGCUGCAACAAUACAAAAAAUAUUAAGAUUGAAUUCACCUUCUUUUAAAAGCACAAAAUAUUAAUUUAUUCAUUAUUAUUAUUAUAAAACUAUUUUAUGACAAAUAAUAUUUCUAGAAGAGUUUUGCUCAAUAAAGUGAAGUUUUUAUACAAUUCAAUUACUGAAUGAUCUCAUAAUUUAUUAGUUUUUUGCACAUAUGAUUUUUGCAUAAUUAUUUACAAUAUAAAUGAUUUGAUUAUAAAUACAAAGCUUCGUAAAUCGACCACGUAGGAAAUUCAAAACUUCCUACUCACAUUGAGAAGCUAAGUUAAGUUUAUUAUAUUUGUCUGAGAUUUUUGUUGUUUUUUUUUUUUCAUUAUUUGGAAAGGGGUGUGAUAUCCACAAACCCUAUUUUAUUUCUCACAUAUUUUUUUAAUUUUCGACUGUCAGACCGGAUAAAUUGAAGAAAAUUAACGGAUAAAAAUUAUCAAAGAUGUGUAAGAAGUAAAAUGGGAUGUGUGGCCCUCUUGGAAAUACUUGUGGUAAAUUCGAUAAAGUGAGGCUUCGAGGAAAUCACCAUCUACCAUUCCGCGUUCGAGAAAAUUUCCAGAUAAGGCAGGAAAACGUAUAAAGCACCAACUUUGCAUUCCUAUUGCAUAUAUGCAAGAAACGAUCUCACUGCCUAUAUAUAUGCGCAUCGCAAAGAAUCAUACCAUUAGCAGAUUGAUUUAGCUCAUACUCACAAAUUUUUUCUAGGGUUUUCGAAUUUCAAAGAGACAAGCCGAAAGACGUAGUGCUUGCUCACUCUGCUCCCAACGCCCCUCCACCGCCGGUCCACCGCACCACCAAAAGGGCAGGCACGAGAGAGAAGCCGAAAGAAGUAGUGCUUAAUCUGUGCGCUCCCAUUCCCAACGCCUCUCCACCGCCGCUCCAGACCACCACCAAAAUGGCUGGCACAAGAGAGGAGGAAGAAGUAGCACUUACUCUCUCUCCCUUCCCAACGCCCCUCCACUGCCGCUCCAGACCACCACCAAAAUGGCAGGCACGGGAGAGAAGGAGGAAGAAGUAGCACUUACUCUCUCCCUUCCCAACGCCCCUCCACCGCCGGUCAACAUCACAACCGCUGCCACCAACGACGGCACGAAAAGUGAGUACAGCCUUCGACAGAAGAGAAAACAAGUAGAGGGAGCAGCAGUGCCGGAUCCCACGGAGUCUUCGAGCCAUGAUGAUUAUACCCCACCAGUUACCAAUGGUCGUAAACAAAAAGAAGAUGAGAUCGUCCACGAGAUAAUAAAAGAUCAGAAAAAUCAGGAGAAACUUGUUGGUAACAAGGAGACGAAGAGGAAGGAGAAGAAGAAAAAGGAGACGAAGAAGAAGACGACGGAGGUGGUUGAUGUUUUGUGGGACAUUCCUGGGGAGAUUCCCGACCUGGAUUUACUGGAGAAAGAGAAAUAUCGGCUUUGGUAUAGGUUCUUUGAUGGAAUUCCCGAAGACUGAGCAAAUAGCGCCUGUUGCGAAGUAAGGAUUGUUGCCGAUUAUCAACCUGCAAGAUUGUACCAGGAAUGCCACAGGAUUGCAGGAUUGAAAGAUUGCGGCAGCAAGAGUUUCAAGUUGGCUUCUUGUUUCAAUUCGAAUGUAAAUGAACGGUCAAGAUGGUGUUUUAAGUUUGUCCCGUGUAUUGCACGUGAGCUUGCUUCCACAAGCACAUCGCGUGAAAGCCCUACUGUAAUAUUUUGUCCUAUUUACUGACGUUUUGUGUGAAUGUGCGUGUCUGGUCGAAUCCAACCCAUUAGAGAGAGCAACGUACUCUCCAUUUUCUGCAGAGCUUCGUUGUUGUUCUUUCUUUGACAAUUUCUCCAGUAACAAAACCAUACAAAAUACACAGAAAUUCAUAAAUCAAUAUGACCUCAGAGCUUGGUUCGGUUUGAAUCGAGGGGCGUUCACUGUGAUUCUUGAAUUCAGUUGAGUUCCAACGAAGAGUCAGUUGAAUCGGACUGAAAUGUCUGGAUCUAGAGAUGAGCUUCGAGCUCCAGUAUUCACCGGUGUCAACUAUGACUUCUGGUGUAUCAAGAUGAAGAUGACCUUUAAAUCUCAUAAUCUAUGGAAGAUUGUUGAAGAAUGGUAUGAUGAGCCUACGGAAGUUGAAGGUGAGCAAGCUGAGAAGAAGCAAAUCUCGCGCAGCUCAAGAUCUAAUUGCUCGAGAUGCUAGAGCCUUUGGAUUGAUUCAAAAUGCGGUAUCGGAUGAGAUUUUUCCAGAGAAGUGCAAUCAUGAAACAACUAAGGAGGCUUGGGACACCUUGAAGCAAGAAUAUAGGGGUGAUUCUCAAGUACGAGCUGUGAAACUACAAGGUAUUAUAAGGGAUUUUGAAUAUGCUUGUAUGAUGGAUGAUGGAAUGAUGUCUUCCUAUUUGACUAGACUAUUUGAUCUAAUUAAUCAAAUGAAAAUGUAUGGUGAGAAAUGUCAAAUAAGAUGAUACUUGAAAAAUUAUUGA